AUGGAAAAAGGUGCUAGGUCCCUCAAGAAUGCUAAAAUUGUUUCCUUUGUCCUUUUAACCUUGAUAUGGCAUUAUUACAGAAACUUGCUUAUAUUUGAUAGGUCUAUUAACGGGAAGUAUAAAUCAGAGAGUGUAUUAGGCUUAAGAAAUAGUCGAUUAUUGGCAACAACUGAAGACAUAAAUGAUGGAUCUAUUGCUGGAUUGAACAAAAACAUACCAUGUUAUACUGAAAACAGAAAAAUUCAUAACGAAGGAGAAGAUGAAUCUGCCAAAGUAGGAACGCACGUAUCUAAAAAUGAAAAAAAACAAAAAAAACUAAAUAGAAAAGAAAUGGAAGAAGAUGUUACUGCCAUUUUGGAACACCAUAAAGAAUUUGUGGAAAACGAUUACUAUAAGUGUAAAUCAUGCAAAAGUCAAGAUAACCUUUUUAAAAGAAAGGUUUUAAAAUUUUUUAGUUCUAUAAAUAAAUAUUUCGAUAAUACGAACCUUGAUCAGCACUUAUUUGUAAAUUUGUCGCUUAAGAACAAAUUCUUAAGAUAUGCGACAUAUAUUGUACCUUUAAUGUUCGCAUGUGUCAUUGCCUUUUUAACCAAAUCAGGAUGUUUGCCUUGUCUAACAUUAGCCGAAAAAUACUUCCAUGUAAAUUACUUAGAUUAUUUUCACUGA